AUGCCUCUUCCAGAAACCAUGUUCUGUGCUCAGCAGAUCAAAAUCCCCCCGGAGCUACCCGAUAUUCUGAAGCAAUUUACUAAAGCUGCUAUUAGGACUCAGCCUUUUGAUGUUUUGCAGUGGGCAGCUGCGUAUUUUUCAGCGUUAUCUAAAGGUGAACCCCUUCCUGUGAAGGAGAGGCUUGAAAUGCCAUUAACAACAGGGAAAAAAGAUGCUGGUUUGACCCCAGGACUCCUUAAGGUCUUGCACAAACAGCUUUCUUCCAAAGACAUGGUGGCCAUUGCAGAACUGAGGGAAAAAUGGAAGCAUUUGGGCUUGCCAGAGGAGCAGCUGGAAGCUAUCCUGCAAUUGGACAGUUUUGGCGAGGAGGUGGAAUGGAUGAAGUUUCUGGCACUUGGGUGCAGCGUGCUUGGUGGGUCCUUGCUGAGUUCAAUGAAACAGGCCUGUGAGAUCCUAACAAGAGACCCAGAAGGCGGAGCAGCUCGAAUCCCCUUUGAAACAUUCUCGUUCCUUUAUUUGUAUUUGGCCAGUAUUGAUGGAGAGAUAUCAGAGACAGAAACUAAUGCAUUCCUCCAUGAAAUUAAAGAAAAAGCGGACAAACACUCUGGCAUGGUACUCAUCAGACACUUCCUGCCAUACUCCUUCAUAUUUUAUUGAUCAACCUUACCAACCCUACUCUUCAGCAUGAGGUGAGAAGAAAAAUAAAAGAAGGAAUAAAUAAGUUCAAGAAAAUAA